CAAAGAUGCUUUGUUUCGUGUGCUUUGAGAUGCACUACACCGGAGUGGGUCUCAUCGGCAGCUACACAAUCAAUUUGGACACAAUGAAGCAAGGUUACCGCUAUGUGUAUUUGGAAGAUAACGAGGGCACGGCUCUGUCGCCUGUGGCGUUGUUCGUGCAUCUGCGACUAGAAACAAAGCCAGCCUAUGACUAUCGCAAAAAUGACGAGGCGCGGCAGAAAGUGGCAGCCAGGGCCGCAGGAACACAGGCCCCUCCCAAUGCAUUAGCGAGUAAAACGUCAGCACCACUUCACCAUAGCAACAGCGUACCCGCCCAACACUACAGCCCCACCAAUGGCCACGUCAACGGCAACACAUCAGCACAUAGGCAGCAAAGCUACAACGCCCCUGGGUUUAUGAUGCCACCACCCGCAUUCCAAUGCUCACCACAGCCACCACAGCCACCCCACGCACAACAACAACACCAACCACCACCAUUGCCAUAUGCACAACCACAACCAUCACCACAAGCACCGUCACACACACACGCACAAAACACACAGCAGCCUCAACAGGCAAACCAAUACCCCCCACAGCCACAUUAUGCCCCUGCUCUUCCGCCCCGGCCAUCACCUCGUGCGCAACAGCCAAUCCAACCGCAGUACCAGUACGCACCUCCGACUGCUUAUAGCUAUGGCGGUCCACCACCCCACCCCAAUGCCCCAAUGCCUCGCGGCUAUCAACCGAACGAGGCUUCCCCUUCGCCGGUGCAUCAAACGUUGCCCCAUCCAUCAACCCCACACCCACACCCACAGUCACAGUCAUAUCAACAGCAGCGUCCACCCUCAUAUGGACUUGGGCCCGAAUCACGGCUCACUCACAACCCACGGCCACCUCAACACCACAGCCCAACCACGACUGUCGCCUGUCCCUACUGCACUGUGCAGUUUGAGGGCGUCGCAGGCACCACCAUGACAUGCCACGUGUGCUUGGGUGUGUUCACAGGAUGAUGUGCACAUACUCAGCACUGCAGCACGUACGUACGACUAGGUCACACGCUGUGUGCACGGGGAUGUAUCAGAGGAUGAUAUAGACCUAAUGGACACUGGUCACUCACUGCCCUCGUGCAUUUCUACGGCGCCGUUGAGUUCUCGAACAUGGUAGGCUAGUAGGCAGUGCAGUAACAUUUCAUGUAUGGAUCAGGUGUUUAUCUGGCGAUAAGCGCACAUCCAAUGAGUUAAGGGUAGCUGAAGUGGAUGAAUGUACGCAGCCACUUGUGCCUUUUUAUGGCGAUCUAUGGGCAAACAGUUGUGCCGUUCUACGAAGGCCUGUGGGAGUGUAUCAUAGCUACAUCCUAGCAGCCACUUGUGCCUUUCUAAGGAGAUCUAUGGGCAAACAAUUGUGACGUUCUACGAAGGCCUGUGGGAGUGUAUCAUAGCUACAUCUUAGCAGCCACUUGUGCCUUUCUAUGGAGAUCUAUGGGCAACAAUUGUGCCGUUCUACGAAGACCUAUGGGAGUGCAUCCUAGCAACUACUUGUUCUUUUCUGUGGAGAUCUAUGGGAAAUCAAUUGUGUCCAUCUACGAAGAUUUAUAGGAGUGCAUCCUAGCAGCCACUUGUGCCUUUCCAUGGAGAUAUAAGGGCAAACAAUUGUGCCUUUCUACUAAGAUCUAUGGGAGUGCAUCAUAGCAGCCACUUAUGCCUUGCAAUGGAGAUCUAUGGGCAAUCAAUUGUGUCUAUCUACAAAAAUGUAUGGGAGUGCAAUAUAGUAAGCACAUUGUUCCUACAGCCACGUCAGAUACACAUACCUGCCCUGUAUGGGUCUGUGCACCAGUUAGCAAUCAAGUACUCGUGUUUUGUGUUUGUCUUGUUGUCUGGUAGAUUAUCGCUCUACCGACACACUGUGUGUGUAUAAUGAGUGCGAACAAGUGCAUCACCCGGAGAAGUGGGACCAACGCCACAUAUGCGGAUGGGCAUGAAGGAGGACGCUUCUAUAGCGCCAUCGUGAUCGUGAGAAGUAUCUCGAAGACUGCAAGUGGCCACUUGGGUUUUCGGACCGACGGCAGUGAGAUGUAGGUAUGAGCUGCGACUGAUUUAGUUUGUAACUGGUCAAGAGUCUGAGUCAAUGAAUCAGCUUGAACUAUACCGCUAUAUGCUAGAGUAGUUGUCAGUUAACAAGUAUAUCUUGGUGGCGCCAGGAGAUUAGAAGAUUAAACGAAUCGACCUGACAAGACAUCCAUUGAUUGAAGUGCACGGGGAGGAGUACCUCGUUGGAUCAUAAUUCGCGGGAGGUCUAUAAAAAAACGGAAAGUCAC